AUGCCUUUGAACAUCAUUAUUGUCGGCGCUGGAAUUGGCGGUCUCUGCACAGCCGUGGCACUGCAGCAAGCCGGCCACUCCGUCAAGGUUUUUGAGAAAUCCCAAUUCAUCGGCGAGGUUGGCGCCGCGCUUCUUCUCACCCCGAAUGGCGAACGAGUACUGUCACACCUCGGGUUUGAUUUCGCGCGUGCGCGUGCGAACGAGAUGACAUGUUGGGAGGUUCUGGAUGGAGUUACCCUUGAUCCCAUUGCGAGGACAGACCUGAGUAACUCACAAGAACAGUUUGGGGCUCCGCUGCAUACGGUGCAUCGGGCAGAUUUGCAUCGUGAGCUGGUUCGAUUGGCGUCGAUGCACGGAAAUAAGCCGGCCGUGCAGCUGGCGGCGAGAGUUGUCAGCUCCAGUGCAGAGGAAGGGUUUAUUGAGUUGGACGAUGGCACGAGACAUUAUGCAGAUUUGAUUGUUGCGGGGGAUGGAGUGCAUUCGGUGUUGAGGAGUGUAGUGACGGGCGAAGAUCAACCACAACGAGCAACGGGAAUGAGUGCGUUUCGAUUUUUGAUUCCGACGGCGAGAUUAGAGAACAAUCUGCAUUUUAUAGAACUGUUAAAAGUGAAGGGCAGAGGGUCCACGGUCUUUGCCGACACGACACAGGAGAGCGAACGGCAUUUGGUGUGGUAUGAUUGUCAAGAUGGCCUGAUGCAGAACUUCGUGGGGAUCCAUGCCACACGGCCAGAGGAAGAGGAUCUCAAAGCCCUUAUGACGACGGAAUUCAGGCAUUUCCAUCCGAGUCUAGUUCAUAUUAUCAGUGUUGCUCCGGAUGUCACCGACUGGCCGCUGUCCAUCCGCGAUCCUCUACCUCGCUGGCACCGAGGCAAAAUUGUCUUGAUUGGGGAUUCUGCUCAUGCGAUGCUCCCCUUUGGAGGACAGGGGGCCAACCAGGCAAUUGAAGAUGCCGGGGCUUUGGGAGCUCUUCUACAAGGCGCCUCAGCAGACGAUAUUCCUCACUGCCUCAAUCAGUUCGAAGAAGUACGAAGAUUGCGUGCUUCCCGCGUGCAGAUCCUAUCUAAAACUCGACUUGGCAAGGAAAAGGAUGUGGAAGGUGAACUGCGACACUAUGCGGAUCCUCCGGGGGCAGACGUUCCAACAUCAUUCUCAGAGCGGUGCCAGCAUGACUUUCGGUUUGAUGUGCUCGAGAGUUGUCGAAGGGUGGGUGAGCGGACUGCAAGGGUAUCAUGUCUUUGAUGGACGCAGAUUGAUAGAGUAGCUAUUUUUGAAUAGCAUCAGUGUUAUUAUCCCAG